UAUUUAGCAUUCACUUAUCUACAUUUUCACACCAUCUGCUCAAACCCUCUCAAAACUACCAAGUUCCAAACAAGUUAAGGCCGCCACCAUAAAACCCAAGUUGUGGUCCAAGAAAGGAAAAGGAAAGAAAAACAACAGAGAGAAUGUGUUUGGUGUUGUUGUGUAGUAAAGAAGAGAGGGAGCUAGGGAGGCAACAAGCUCCAGGUGAAUGCCCACAUUGUGGAGGUAAAGUGGAGGCCAUGGAUUUUGAGAGUAAGUGGAGGUUCUGUUUCUUGCCAAUCUGUUACAAGAUCCACAGAAAAUACUUCUGUUCUUUGUGUUCUAUGCGCUUGGAAUUGAACUACUAAACCCUAUUCUCCCUCUCCCCCUCCCCCUCCCUCUCUCUUCUUUAAUUAGUUUUUCUUUAGGUCUUGGAUUUUGAUCAAUGUUUUGAGAAGGUAGGGAUUAGUAUCUUAAUCUUGUAAUUAGAGGUACAUUCUGAUUGAUUUCUUGUUUUAGUUGAAUGUAAUAAUUGUGUACUAGUUUAGAUAUAACUUCUUCUUUUUUAAGGAAUUUAGGUAGAAGGAAGAAAUGGGAUAAAAAAGGUAAAAAAACUGUUACCUCUAGGUUGUGUACAGCAAGGAGACGCUGUUUCCGGCAAUUGAAUUUGUGACAUCUAAGUUGCAUCUCGUCACAUGUUCGCCUGUUAAAAAUAAAUAAACGGAUGGGGAUUCUGUGUC